UCUCAAUUGAGUCUCUGGAUCACUAGGAAUACCGUCAAUCAUGGACAACAGAUAUGAGUCUUCAGAGAGCCAAAGGAACAAGUGUGCUGCAUGCUAUAGACAAUUCAACAAAAUGGAGCAUUUGGUCGAACACAUGAGGACGUCAUAUCAUUCAGCACAUGAACCCAUGUGUGGAAUUUGUAAAAAGCAUUGUCGGUCAUUUGAGUCUCUAAGGGAACAUCUUAUAGGACCGUUACCCAAGGUAGAAUGUGAAAGGAUAUUUAAGGAAAGAGGGUGUGAUCUUUGUUUAACCAUCCUUAGUAGCCGUAACGCUCUCUACGUCCACCGAGAGAAAUGCCAAUUCUCACGCAGCAACAAUAUUGGUCUGACACAUCGAAUGGCAAACUUAGGCAUUCAGGAUGAUUUGAAGAUCGAUAAUAAUAGAGCAAAAGUGGUUUCACUUGCUUGCAAAAUGGUCGGUGGAGGUAGUGAUGGCUCCUUAGAUCUUUGUGCAAGGGUUUGCCUCAUUGAUGAGUAUGAGAAGAUAAUCUUUCAUACAUAUGUGAAGCCACAUCUGCCUGUCACAAACUAUAGGUAUGAAACAACAGGCAUAAGACCAGAAUUUUUAAGGGAUGCUCUGCCGCUUUGGCAAGUGCAAAAGAAGAUUCAAGAUUACUUGUGUAAUGGGGAGCCUGUAUGGCAGAUCCGCUCCAGAUGUGGAAAAGGAAGGAUCCUUGUAGGCCAUGGAUUAGAUCACGAUUUGAAAAGCCUAGAAGUCGAGUAUCCACAGAUGAUGUUAAGGGACACAGCAAAAUAUCCUCCACUGAUGAAAACGAGCAAGCUGAGCAACUCGCUGAAAUAUUUAAUGAAAGCAUACCUUGGAUAUGACAUUCAAAUUGGUAUUCAAGAUCCCUAUGAAGACUGUGUUGCAACAAUGAGGCUGUACAUGAGAAUGAGAUCACAGCGUCAUAAAGUGGAAGAAUAUCCGCUUGCUUCAGAGCCACAAAAUAGAAACAAUUUUGCAGCAUGGAGGCAAAGCGAGCUUGAGAAGAUGUCUCCAGAAAAGAUGUUGGAUAUCUCAAGGUCUGAUUACCAUUGCUGGUGCUUAGACUCUAGCAGCUAAAGAAGGAAGUGAAUUGCAAUUGAAGUACUUCUCUAAAUUGGGCACAAACAUUAGCAUGACAACCAAACAUGAAAUUUUAUGCCAUCAACUAGACCAAGCUUUUCUUAACUAAUUGCAAAGUUCAAUUUAAUUCACUUCCAGGAUGAUGUGUAGCAUCAUAAGCUAUUUCAGCUAAUCGGAUUUCACUUUCUGAAGGCAAUAGGAUCGCAUUAGAAAUUAUAAUCUAUUUCAUGAUAUAAAUGAUUGCAUUAUAUCAGUUAUCUUGUAAUUCUCAUGGUUGUAUCAGUAUGACUUAAUGUUCAAUAAAAGGCUUUCACCAUA